GCAAAAUGCUGACAUGAACGUCGUGGUGGAACAGUUUUCCGCAGCAUUUGACGAUGUGACAACGCAACCUGGUUACAUCUCAAGGCAAGUGUUGCUCAAAGUUUUGAACCAUUUGGAUGCUUCUUGGACCACGGAGGGGCUUGAACUAUUGCUGAUUGAUUGUGGUUGUUCAACAAAUGCACCCAUUGAUUAUUGCAAAUUUCUUCAGUGGCUGUCACAACCAAGUUUGGUGGAACUACCUUUGAAAUGCCGAUCAGAAAGACAACGCUCCCAGUUUCUGAGGGAACAGUGGGAACCGUUCCAAGAAGAAGUGGAAAAUCUGUUGCAAAGCACAGCAGCCCGUGCAGACGCUGGAUUUUCUCUUCAUGAAAUCAUGCCAUCUCACUUGAGACUGCGGGCAUUGACGGAUAAAUGCCGAAGUCUAACAGAAACUUGGCAUGGACGGGCCAACAUCAGCUACAUGUACGAAAUGUUCAUGAAAAUGGCAGAGCGCGAUGGUCAUAGCUGCUACCUAUUCCAAGACAUUCCACAGCAACGAUCGGAUGAUGGGUUCGUGCGAGUCCUGGAUGGAGAGGUCCGCAUACGGCUAUACAGCAGACCGAAGGCAGCUUCGCAUAGCAAGACUUCGCCCUUGGUGGGGAGGAUGCCACAACUUGCCGGGGAAUCGCCAAUUGACAAUCUCCAACUUCCGAACCUGAUGCGGCAGAAAGAUGCAUUGCUUGUGACAGUCGGCCGUCGCAUUCAACAAUUUUUCCUGUGGGCUCUUCGAUGGAAGCAGCGGCGGAUAUUGGGAAAGAUGUUCUCCAUGCAAUCUGGCCGGCAGGAUUGCGCAGCCGUGAAAGCAAGAGCGCAGUCCAUGCAGGAAGGAGAUGACAGCUCUGUGGCGCUGAACCUCCUUGUUGAACACGGCUGCCUCGUGGAGUCCUAUGGCCAGGUGCCGCAGGUGAUUCGAACCCGAGCGGACGAAUUCAUAGCAGAAUGCUUGCAGCGCCCAGAGGGUGAACUUGAUGAGGAACUUGCUGACUUUUUGAAGCACUGUCAGAUAAACCCAGGACGUCCAUACAAGGCCGAUCGCGUCGGACAUAAACUCCUACUGCUGAAGGCACUCCGCAGCCCGGAACUGCGAGUGAUGUGGCGGUCUGAUGUGGAGGCAUUCACCCAGCACCGGUACAUCACCACCACCUGGAUCCGCAAAGUUCCUCUGUACUAUCUACCGGAUGGCAGCUCCGACUUCACCAUACUGCGAAGUCCAGGUGCGGAAGAAUCCUCGCGAUUCCGGAAAAAUGUUUUUGCAUACGCGGAGUCCCAUGGUCUCGGACAGAGUGGGGGAGGCGGAGUCGACCGAGAAGAUAGAGUCUUAGAGAAGUUCUGCUGUCCACAACGGAAGCUAAGACCAAACUGGGAGGGGACUCGGAAAUUCAGAGUGACCCCUGAACGGAUUCCUUUGGAUCAGGGCCUGCAAAAUCAAGUCAAAGCCAAGGCAUCACACGAGUAG